GGUAAUAUGUGCACAAAAGGGGUGCAAAGACAAUACACUUCAGUUUGUCUGCAGGAAUUGUGGUGAACGUGAGCAGCAGUCCUUUCGUGGUCAACAGAAGUAUUGGCGGCCAGGUUCACACUUUCUCCAAACAAGCCAGACAAGUGCAGAAGUCACAGCUGCCCGACACUCUUUCUUUCUGCACAGCCGACAUGAAACUCCAAGCUCUUUUGUCCCUGCUGAUCAUCUUCUGCACCACGCUGUGUUUGGCACAAGGUUCCUAUGGCAACUGCUGCCUGGGCCACGUGCGUCGGAUGAGAGCCAACGCCAUCGACUACAUCGAGAGCUACAGGCUACAGGAAACAGACGGAGACUGCAACAUCAGUGCUGUCGUCUUUACCAUGGUGGCCACGCCGGACCGUAAAAAACAGCGCACCGUCUGCGCCGACCCAGGCAGGAAGUGGGUGAAGAAGCUGAAGGAGGCUGUGGACGCCAGGGCGAAAAUCAGCAGGAGAUAAAAAUGAAACGUCAUAAAUCUUCCAGCACGCCAGUAAAUGUGCUAUUUCCUGUCACUGACAAAAGAAUGUGAGAUAGAUCGGGACACGUCUUCUAUUUUGGGAAGCGGAGGCACAUUGGAACUUUUCUUUUAUUUCCUGUGUGGAGCCUGCAAGAAAUCAGUCAGUAUCGGACAGCUUUUGGACUUUAGAGCCCUCAAAUAUUCAUGUAAUUCAUAUUCAUAUCAACAUAGUUUCACUAAGAAUCGACAAUGAGCACAUUUGAGCUGGAAAAGGCACAAAAAAGUGAAUUUUGUAUUUUAAAUUUUCUGACACAAAAGGUUCUACAAUGGAGACGGGAUAUAUCGGCCCAUUCCUGGGUGGGUCUCGCGUGAGAGGAAGGAGGGGGGGG